AUGCAUUUGAUCUUCACCAAGUUGCCAACUUCGGCGACUCAGAUUUUGGAAGCGGAAGUCUGGGCACAAUGCUGUACUAAGUUACAUAGGCAAUACCGUGCGCCUCGAAGCUUCUGUCUACCAAAUAACAAAGAGAACUACAAGCCGAACUUAUAUCUUGAACGCCAGACACAAGCGCGCAUCCACCGCCCGCGCGAACAGCCGCACACCCACAAACAAUCAGCGGCCUCGAAGAAAGAUAAACGCGCGAGCGUGCUGGGGCUCGCGAACGCUGGACUGGGGAGUUUCAGGAAACGCAAGACCAGCCAUACGAAUACGAAUACGGUGUCGCGCGCGUCGAGCUCUACCUCCGCAUCCGCCUCUGGCUCUGGAGUUAGACUAAGGGAGAGGGAAGGAGCAGGGAGCGGGCAGGGGCGGAGCUGGCGAAGAUGGAGCAGGGCCCCGCGCAAGAGCGUCGUAGACGUCGAAGUCGACGAGGACGACGAGCGCACGGACGAUAAUCCCGAUGCGGCGGCGGCGGAGCCCGUCGUGCCCGCCCGAAGUCCGAGUCCCGGUCCUGCGCCGCCCCGGCCCGAGCCUCCGCAAGCACACACGCAGGCUGAGGCGGGCGGCAGUGGUAGUGCGGGUAGAGAAGGACGUGGGGAAGGGAGGGGGGAGGAGGAGGUGCAGCCGAUGGGCGGCCCGUUGCCGCCCGCUGGGACACUCGUCGUUGUGCAGGGCGUCGUGCACACCACGGACGUAUCCGCCUCUUCAAACCCACCGCCUCCGCCCGUACCGCCGCCGCCGUUCACCUCUCAAGCCCCGACAACGACAUCAACUACCACGCCACCGAACGCCGAAGCAGGAGAUACAAGCGCGGGCGAAAGGGGGCGCAACGACGACGGACCGGGCCGGAUGCCAACGCUCAGCGCGACGAGUAUAGACGUGCUCGGUACACUGCUCAGCGUCGCAACCGCCGCCACGGCCGCCUCGCUCGUCACGGGCUCCAGCGCGCCGCUGUUCUCCUCCGGGCUCGAGCCCGCCUCUUCCUCAACAACCUCCACCUCCACCUCUUCACCUUCCUCGUCCUCUUCGCCAGGGUCGAGCUCAACGGCUACAUCGAGCUCGAACGCGGACGGAGGCUCGAACGCAGCAGACGCCGGAUCAAGCACAGGGACGACGCCGAUCAGCAGACCGCCACUAUCCCCCGAACACGAGCGCAUGCGCAGCGCGUGGGGCAGCAUCCGCGACCGCUUCGGCCUCGGGCGCCCCGCCUCGCCCUCCUCUCCCUCUUCUCCCUCACCACCAUCCUCCUCCUCACCCAAUUCCUCCUCGCCCACCUCGACCUCUGCGCAUGGAGCGGGAGAAGGAAUGGGCGCGGGUGGGGAUGGGGAUGAAGAUGCCAGGACACAGCUGCUCGCCGAGAUGGCAAGGGCGUUUCAUCUGGGCAUGGGGCUCGACGAGCCGGCUGGGGCGAGCCUGCGCGCGCCGCCUGCGCACCCUUCCUCUCCCUCCACCUCUCCUUCCUCAUCACCGUCCGACCCGUCCUCGGCGCCGGCGGACCCGCUCUCUACGCAGCCGCAAGCGAUGCCGAACGAGGAGCCGGCGGAAGGCUCAUUCGAGCGGUUCUUGUUGGACCUGCAGACCGAUCUGCGCCGUACACUCGGCGGUCCACAGUCCUCCGACGCCGUCACAGCAGGAUAUGGAGGAAGUGGCGGGAAUGGGGCAGGAGGAGGAGGGAGCGGAGGAGUUGGCGCAAGUGCAGGAGGAGGGGCAGGAGGAGGAAAUGGAGGAGGGGUGAGACGCACGCCCACGCCGCCGCCCGCGCGGCAUAUACCGGGUCCGAGCGCCGAGAGCGAGGACGAGGUCCACAGCCGGCGCGCGCGGGGUGAGGUGUCGAGGCCGUCGACGUCGGAUGCGCGGCCUGCGACGGGUCAGGAACGGGUUGAUGAGGAGGGUGAGGGUGAAGCGGACAGGGAGGGAGAGGGCGAUAUGAACAGGGAAGGAGGAGAAGGAGACGUGGAGAGGGAGGGAGACGCAGACAGAGACGUGCUGGACCUCGUCGGCGACGCGGGCGUGGGGAGGCGGGAGAGGCAGAGGGCCGAUACGCCGCACCCCGGCGCGCGCGUCGUCGUGCCGGACGUGGCGUCGAGCGAUGGGCAUACGGAUGUCGGCCAUCCCGCUUCUGCCCCCGACCUCCAUCCCGGUCAUACGCCCGAGUCGAGCGGGCACACGCACGACUCGACUCGAGCACUGGAGUUGAGGGAUGGACUGGAGUCGAGCGCCGCCGAGCACGACGACGACGACGGCGAAGUGCGCUUCGCGGAGGACGGCCCGAUAUACCCGCACGUCGACUUGGGCAGAGCGCACGACCAGCCGCGCUCGCGGACGCCUGUGAGUCGGGCUGGGACGCCGAGGGUCGAUCAUGCGCAUUUGCAUCCGCACUCGCAUCUGUAUUCUUCCCCGCAUGCGCAUACGAAUGCGCAUACGAAUAUGAAUGACCACUCGAACGCGCACGAGCACGCGCACGCACACGGCCCGUCGCCGCUACACACAGCCCCUCCCGGCGCGGGCGCGGGCAUCGAUCUCGGUAUGGGCAUGGGCAUGGGUAUGGGAGCGGGAGGAGGGCAGGCGCGGGGGAUCAAUUGGUGGAGGAUGUAUCGGUUCCCGCCUAUGCGUGUGCCUGCUACUUCUCCUUCUCCAUCACCCUCUCCAGCGACGACGGCGGAGGGUGGGGCAGAGGGAGGUGGGGGUGUACCUGCGACGCCGCCGUCUGAGGCGACUGCUGCGACGAGCGAUGCGGAGGGAGAGGAGAGGGUCGGGGCGGGUGAGAUGGGUUUUGAUACGCGUCCCCGAACCGAGCAGGACGGGGAAGGAGAAGAGGGAGAUGGGGAGAGUGGGGAGGGAGACGAGCCGCCCCCGCUCGUCGAUCUCGAAGCAGAAGAAUCAACACCCCGCGAUCGCGCGCCUACGCCGUACCCCACAUCGACCCUCCCUCCACCGCCCACCUCUCCCCACACCACCACGCCAACGGAAUCCGACGCAGCAGGCGAGACGAGCGUCGUCGUGCCCGUCAUCGUCGUCGGACUGCAGAGUGUACAUGGACACAGUCAUCGGCCGCCGCCGUCGCCUUCUUCGCCUUUAUCCCCCUCUUCACCUUCUGCUGCGAAUGGUGUGGGUAGUGGAGGGGGAGCGGCGGGGAGAGCGUCGAGGCAGUCCAGACGCGCAUCGAGUAUUUGGCCCACGACGCCCGCUGGAGCGAGUGGCGGGGACGAGGGGUGGAGGGCGAGGGCUGCGGAUGCGUUUAGAGGGUUUAGGAGACGCGGAGAGCAGGCUUCGACCACGGAUGGCUCGGGUGCAGGUGCGGGUGAGGCGAGCGCGAGUGCAGGUGCGGACGGCGGAGAGACGGCGAAUGGGAACGGCAGCACGACGUUCUUCAUCUACGUUAUCGGCGGCUACUACCCGCCCUCGCACCCGCUCGUAACCGGCGCCCCGAACGCCGCGCUCGACUCGUUCGAGGCGCUCUGGGAGCUCGCGGACCUGCUCGGACCCGCGAAGCCGCCGACCGCGACGCGGGAGGAUAUCGCGCGGGCCGGGCUGCGGGUCGUGAAGCCGGACGCGAUGAGGGGGAUGGCGCGCGAGGGGCGGGUCGUUGAGGCUUGUGUCGAGCGCUGUUUGAUUUGUUUGGAGGAUUAUGCGGACGACGACGACCUGCGCCUGCUCGGGUGCAGACAUAUCUUCCAUAAGGCGUGCGUGGACACGUGGCUCGAGACGGGGAGGAAUAAUUGUCCGGCGUGUAGAGCGCAGGGGGUGCAGAGGGCUGUUGAUGAACCUGUUGCUGGCGCUGCUGCUUAG